GGGAGGGUGGGUAUGCUCUGGGCGCGCGCACCGCCGUCGCUUCAGCCUGGUGUUCCGCUCGCGCAGCCUGCUCCCGGCGCUCGGCCGCAGCACGCCGACUCCGGAGCGGCCAUGGGCUGCGCGGGGCCCGCGGUGUAGAGUCCGCCAGCCCCGGACCCGCAUCCCUCACCCUGACAGUCCCGAGCCAUGGGGGUGUUGAUGUCCAAGCGGCAGACAGUGGAGCAGGUGCAGAAGGUGACCCUGGCUGUGUCUGCCUUCAAGGAUGGGCUGCGGGACAGGCCUUCCAUCCGACGCACAGGUGAACUUUCGGGGUCUCACCGUGGCACGGUAGAGGGCUCUGUCCAGGAGGUGCAGGAAGAGAAAGAAGCAGAGGCAAGCACCCCAGCACUCCAAGAAGAGAGCGGUGUCAGCCGUGCCGCCUGGGAGAGGCUCCGGGAUGGGCGUGGAGUGGAGCCGGAGGAGUUUGACAGGACCAGUCGUUUCACACCCCCUGCCUUCAUCCGCCCCACCCGGAAGCUGGAUGAUGACAAGCCUCCAGAUAUCCGCUUGGAGCCCAGAGAGCCUGUUGUUAAUGAUGAGAUGUGUGAUGUCUGUGAGGUCUGGACAGCCGAGAGCCUCUUUCCGUGCAGGGUCUGCACCAGGGUCUUCCAUGAUGGCUGCCUGCGCCGCGUGGGCUACAUCCAAGGAGACAGUGCCGCGGAGGUGACUGAGACAGCAAACACAGAAACAGGCUGGAGCUGCCACUACUGUAACAACCUCAACUUGCUGCUGACUGAGGAAGAAAUGUACAGCCUCACAGAGACCUUUCAGCAGUGUAAAGUUACCCCCGACUGCUCCCUGACGCUGGAUGAUUUCCUGCGCUACCGCCACCAAACAGCGAAGCGAGGGGACAGUGACAGGGCUCUAAGUGAGGAGCAAGAGGAGCAGGCAGCCCGCCAGUUUGCAGCCCUGGACCCUGAACACCGAGGACACAUAGAGUGGCCUGAUUUCUUGUCCCAUGAGUCCCUCCUACUUCUACAGCAAAUACGUCCCCAGAACUCUCUGUUAAGGCUUCUGACAGUCAAGGAGCGGGAGCGAGCCCGGGCCACUUUCCUGGCCCGGGGCAGCGGGAGCACUAUCAGUGAGGCAGAGUGCCGCCGUGCCCAGCACUCUUGGUUCUGCAAACGCCCCCCAGAUGCUUCUUCCUGCAGUGUCAGCGUCAGCCAUGUGGGUCCCAUAGCAGACAGCAGCCCAGCCAGCAGCAGCAGCAAGAGUCAGGACAAGGCCCCGCUGCCCACAGAGCCUGAGUCCAGAUUUGUGGACUGGCCUACCUUCCUGCAGGAGAAUGUCGUCUACAUCUUGGCUGCUCGCCCCAACAGUGCAGCCAUUCACCUGAAACCCCCAGGAUAGCAUGGAGCAGAAAAGCUCAGUUUGGGGACAGUGGCGUUCUCUCCCUCCUUUACUUUCUUCCAUCCCCCCACCAACCUCUGGUACUGAGACUUAUGGGGAUGGAGCACUGGCCACAUCUCAGUUUGUCACUAAGCUUUAUGGCACUGAAAUCACCAUUCAUAUCACAACAGAGACAGUAAAUGCAUUGCCACAGGGAGAAGCCCUGGGAGCUGUGUCAGUAUCUGCUCCUGGACCACCCCCUGCCCUCACACCGUAGACUGGACCUGCCACUGCACACGUAUAUGUGUGCACACACAUGCACACAUACACACAUGCCUAGCUGGCCAUGCCUGCAGAGACCUGGUUCUUUUUGGUUGAAGAAGGACCAAAGUUCUUUCGUGAAGCCCUUGAUAUAAGCGAGGGGUCUCUACUCAGCCCUUCUAUUGGCCAGUUCUGAUUCACAAUAGAUCAGUCUCUGGCCAAGUGAUUCUUAAUAAGGGGGCAUAUCAGACUCACAUACUCUCCUAGAGAUGCUGACAGGCUCCCUCUUCCCACACUGAAAAUCCCUUCUGUGGUGAGCCACUGUUCUGGUAGGUGUGUACUAUGUCCCUCAGGUGGGAUGGGGAAAUGGUUGAAAACCACCACUGCACUUAUUAUUUAUUUAUUAUUUAUUUAAAUUCAAUUCCUGGUGACAGAGAAGGCAACUAGUCUGUGGAGUCCUAAUUAGAAAAGGGAAGGCAGCCCCUCCCAGGGACCCAGAAUUCUAGGAACCUCUCAGCCAGGUCAUUUCAAGUCCAAAAGUCUUUAUUUAACAGAACAGUCCAAAACCAAGGUGAGCCAUCCUGGCCCCUGUUUUUUAGGUGGGUGCUCAUGGCCCAGAGCCCAGGGGCCUGAAUGGAACAGGUAUGAUGGCAAGAGUCUCAGCCCUCUGGGUUAAGUGCUUCACCCAAGUCAGCUACCACAGAGACCCAAAGCCUGCGCUCCAAUGAGGACAAGGCCUGGAUGGAAGAGGAGAGAAGAAGGCUCAUGCUUUUCUAUUCUUCCAGCUCAGCUCAACUGCAGACCUAGAAAAGUGUGCCAUGGUAUGGAGUACAGAGCCAGCCUUUUUCAUAGCCCAGGAAAGAGCAACUCCACAGAAGCCCUCAAAAGGGAUUCCUUUCAAACCACCUGACAAUGAGGAUAAGACACUGGAGCUAAGAAGAGGAUUUGCAUCUCAACUCUCUUGAACAGAGAAAGUCCCAGCAAAGCCUCACAGAAGGAAGAGGUGUUCCCUUCUCCCUGUUACUGAGAUAUGGCCUGAGCUGCUGCUUUUCCCCAUUGCUCACUACAUGUCCUUCCCUACCAGCUUAGGGCCUGGCCCUGGCAUGGGAAGACUUUGGGGGCAAGGAGAGGCUGCCAGAAGGCCACCAAGCCUGGCCUCCCAGCCCCAGCUGUCCUUCCUAAGUUCUCAUUAAAUUCCCCAGUCAGUGUAUGUUACAGGUAAGCACAGGCCCUGGAGUUCAAGUUUCUGUUUCCAAGCUAAUGGCUUAGGUUAGCCAGUUCUGACAACCAAGAGUUAUUUGAGAGGGGGUUGGCUCAGUCAUGCAGAAGUUAACACAACCCCAUUGCUCAAGGCAUUUCUAUAGAAGCAGCAGCAUACAGCUCAGUGCUGCUCAGAAGAAGGCAGGGAGCUGUAACCUGGGGCAUGGUAAGAGCACUAUAUGGUCUCCUCCCUUAGAGUCAGACCUAGAAGCCAGGUAAGAGGCUUCUGAGGUUGGAUUAUUUAGGACUGAAAGGAAGCAUACAGAAGAUGAACUGGGUUCAUGUGUAUGGCUCUGAACAUUUCAAAACCCCCAGUUCUUUGUAAAUACUCCAUAGCCAUACUCCUAAGACUAAUCAGUAGGAGGGGCCAUUAUUCAGUCCAGCCAAAAAAAGAAAAAAAAACAAAGAAA